AUGUUCCAUAAUCAGUUAGAUUUAAAGGCUCAGCUAAAACAAUAUAAACUAUACCAUCGUGAGAAGACCAACGUUCUUAUACAUAUGGUCUUUGUCCCCACAAUUCUGUUUAGUACAUGUUGCAUGGCUCAUCGCAUUCCCUUGGGUCAUGGCAUAACGUUAACAAAUGUUCUAACGACUGUUUUUGCCCUUCACUACGUGCUUCUCUGCUUCGUGCCGGGACUCAUUGCAUCUUUGCUACUAGCUGUACUCAACUGGUCACUAGACAAUGGUAAAAUUCGGCUACAUGCAUACCAGGAAGUGUCACUGUUCGUAAUGGGUUGGAUCGUUCAAUUCAUUGGUCAUGGCUAUUUUGAACAUUGUAGACCAGCCAUAAUAGACAAUUUAAUUCAAAGUUUAGUGACUGCCCCCUACUUUGUACUUUUCGAAGUGCUGUUCAAGUUGGGAUUCUACAAACAGCUUCAAGCUGAGCUGGACAGAGACAUUAAAGAAGAAACUUCAAGAUAA